AACAAAAAAAAAGAAAUUUUUAGAGAAAAGACAAAACCUGGUGUUCUCUCUCUCUCCAUGUAACUGUUUGAUAGUUUAUGGAGGAACCUGGUGUUUUCUGAAUAAGAUUUGGCUACCAUGAGCUGAAUUAUAAUAAAAUCAUAUAAAAAGAGCCGUUUUGAAAGCCCGAUCGGUUGGACCUAGGACCAGCGAUGCGUGAUAAUGCGUCUUCUCCAGUUCUACAUCAUUUGUUGACUCGAAAUCAAACUGAUCGAAGUAGAAACGGUGUCGUUUCAGUUGCAAUUUAUGGGAAAAAAAAAAAAAAAAACCCAUCCGACUUCUUCUCCCGCUGAGUUCCCAGAGACCAUUGAAAUCCCCAAUUCCUUUCCCUCUUACCAAUUCCUCUUCCUUCGCUGCAAACUCAAAUCUCCAUCUCGGAGCAGGCCUGAAGCUACCUUGCGGCUGCAACUAUUCAACUUGGGGUUCGAAGAAUUUAAGGUGCUUUUGCGAGGGUAAAUGGGGAAAUGAGGUUCAAUAACUUGUUGAAGGUUAGUGAGAUUUAUGAAAAUGCUACAAUGUUCUUAAACAUUUUGCACUAGUAGGAUUGAGAGAAAGUGAGUUAUAGAAAAGUGGGCUCAUUUCAAGACCUUUAAUGAGCUAAAUACUGAUACAUAAAAGUGAAGGUGAAGUAUGAGGGAUUUGAAGUUCCCAAAACGUUACUUGAUUGUUAUUCUAACCUUCAUCAGCACUUGUGUUUGCUAUAUUGAACGAGUGGGUUUCUCUAUUGCGUAUACUGUUGCGGCUGAUGAUGCUGGUGUAAACCAAUCAAGUAAAGGCACUAUACUUUCGACAUUCUAUUAUGGUUACGCCUGCUCCCAGGUGCCUGGAGGAUGGGCAGCUCAGAGAAUAGGAGGAAGGAAGGUUCUUCUCCUCUCAUUUGUUUUAUGGUCAUCAACUUGUUUUUUGGUCCCACUAGAUCCUAAUCGAGUUGUAACCUUGGUAGUUGCUCGCUUGCUUGUUGGUGUUGCACAAGGGUUCAUCUUCCCCUCCAUUCAUACUGUUCUGGCACAGUGGGUCCCACCUCAUGAAAGGUCCAGAUCCGUAUCUCUUACAACUUCCGGAAUGUACCUAGGAGCAGCUAUGGGAAUGCUUGUCCUUCCAAGUUUAGUGAAAUACAAAGGCCCCCAGUCUGUAUUUCUUGCUGAAGCAGCAUUAGGUGUUUUGUGGUCUUUGCUAUGGUUCAAAUAUGCAAGUGAUCCUCCUCGCUCUGAGCAUCCAAAAGCUGCUGCUGCAGGGUUUGGAGAAUCUUUGCUGCCAAUCAAAGGCUGUCAAAAGAUUAAAAUGGAGAAUGGAGGUAGUGCUAUCAAAACUGCCAAAAUUCCGUGGAAGAGAAUUUUAGUUAGUUUACCGAUCUGGGCAAUUGUGGUAAAUAAUUUCACAUUCCAUUAUGCAUUGUAUGUGCUGAUGAACUGGCUGCCAACUUAUUUUGAACAGGGCCUUCAGCUUAGUCUUCAGGAAAUGGGUUCUUCUAAGAUGAUGCCUUAUCUUAACAUGUUUAUAUUCUCAAAUAUUGGUGGGGUGGUUGCCGAUCACUUGAUCACAAAGAGAAUCUUAUCUGUGACCAGAACACGGAAGUUCUUAAACACCAUAGGAUUUUUUGUUUCUUCUCUUGCAUUGAUGGCACUUCCUAUUUUCAGAACUUCUACUGGGGCAGUUUUCUGUUCUUCUGUUGCUCUUGGCUUCUUGGCACUUGGGAGGGCUGGGUUUGCAGUGAAUCACAUGGAUAUUGCUCCACGAUAUGCAGGAAUAGUCAUGGGAGUUUCUAAUACUGCUGGUACUUUAGCUGGGAUUAUUGGUGUUGAUCUUACUGGCCGGCUUCUUGAAGCUUCUAAAACUACUUAUUCAGACCUUUCGAGUGCAGAAAGUUGGAGAUCAGUGUUUGUCAUACCUGGGUUGCUAUGCAUUUUUAGUUCUUUCAUGUUUUUGCUAUUCUCAACUGGAGAGAGGAUUUUUGAUUAGGCAGACUUUUUUCUCAUUAUAAUCUUUUGCAGAAGAUUAUUACCAUCUGAUGGUGAAUUGAAUAUUUGAAUUUCUACUUGAGAAUCUUCUGAUUCUUGACAUCUGCAUUGAGAGGGUGAAAGUUUAUGAGGCUAUGAAUAUUGGAAGUGGUUGGAAUACAGUGGACAGCACUCAUUUUUUGAUUUGUGAGGGUAAAUUUACUUGAAGGCCAUGUACCCUUCUCUUUCAGUUUCAUACUAGGUUAGAUUCAAUUUUUUUUGGCAUAUAUUGUUCCUAAUUUGAUAAUUCUGAUUGCAAUCAACACUGAAUUCACCUAAAACCAUGUGGUUAUGGUGAUAUUAUUUUCACAAGCUGUGGCAACUAUUAUAUACCUCACUAUGUAUGAGACUAUGAGUACUUGUACCGUUAUGAGUUAACUAUGUACCACUUGUGGAAGUCAAUUGUAUUUCAUUUUUUA